AUAAUUCAUGCUUAUUAAACAAGGGAGCUUGACAAUUCUAUUAAAAUGGGGAUACCUACAAAUUAAAAUUUGUAUUAAACAAUACAAUAUUUAGAGGUGGUUUCAAGUUGGACUCGGAAGUUUCCCAGAAAUUGUUGGUUAUAUGCAGAACCGCGUGGCUGCUCUAAGACUUUCUGGGUUAUUGGUAAUUCGGUCUCUUUCUGGCGAUGAUGCUUGAUGGGUUGUGCUGGUUUUCACUUGGGUAUUCGUGUUUAGGCCGUUUGGUGCUGGAUUUCUAGCUUUUCAAUGAGGGAUUGCUGAAUGGUGAAUUUGGAAUCUUGGCUGUUUAUAUAAUAGGAUCUAAGAUUUUUUCCUGUAUUGUAUUGGGGCAAUCUAGUUGGAUUAACUUCACCAUCUUAGGCAUUUGUUUUGUAGUUGGACCAAAAGGGAUUUGAUCAUAUACACCUUUCAAGUUGGAAGGCCUGCAAUUUAUUUGUGUUGGACCUGUAAAUGAUUAGAAUUUUCAUAUGAUUGGUGGGGAGGUUGAUUUAGGAUUUUCUAGAUAGAAUUAACUUUGAUAUAUUUCAGAAUUGGUUUAGCAUUAGAUCGAUUAGAUAAGAAUAGUGUACAUUUAUGGAUCUAGCUGAUGAAAUGCCGGUCAACAACAGAGAGGCAGAGGAAAUGGACAGAGAGGCCUCGGCAGAAGCUCCUCUCAGAGAGCCCCAUCUCUACCGGAACCAGUUUGGGGGCAUGGUGAGAAAGAAAGCCUAUAUCUUUGAUGGUUUUGGAAAGUUUUACAAUAAGGAAUGGGAUCUUACAGAAGGUAGGGGAAAUGAGUUUUGUUGGUACCAUGUGGAACUUCCAAAAGGAAAUCAGAAACUUUCUCAAUCUGCACAAUACCUCAUUGGUGUUCUUUGCCCGCCUUUGAAACUCCAAGACAUUCUCUCUCUUGUCAGCAAUGGACCAUUUUGUGGCCAUGUUGAUGGGGCUCUUGUUUUCAGAGUCAACUCUCCUGGACCUCCAUCCAGUGACUUUACAUUUAGAAUUGCCGCAAGAAUUACUGAGAAUGCAGUAAUCACCGUGAGUUUGGGCCGUGUCCCCAGAUUGGGUUUCUCACCAGUAGGUCAAUCUCUUCUCUCAGAGAUUCCUAGUGUGGAGAGUCCCUCUUAUCAUAGAGGUGAGCACAAGGAAAGGAGUGGGAUUGUUAUAGGGGAGCAUGUUCUUGAGUUCUUAUUGACAAUGAAUCACUCUGAGGAAGCUGAUAAUCCAGUGCCAAAAUCUGUGUCAAAUCUUGUAGUUCAUAUUGUUGACACGCAUGUUGAUCACCUCCAAGAUGUUGUGACUAAACUUGAGAUAGAAUUGGAUUCCGUUGAGCUUCAGCUGGAUAAAGGUGGUUUUGCUUUGAAGAAACAAAUGCUAGAUGACAGAAGAUUUCCUAAAAUACAUCUAGAUCUGCAGCGCCUCCUGCAGGUGAUUGCUCAUGGGGAGCAAGUUUUUCCUCGGGUCAAAGAAAAAUGUUCCUCAAAACAUUGGUUUUCCAGUGAAGAUAUUAUCUCUCUUGAAGAGCUGAUCGGACGGUUGAGGAGGCUAAAGGACAAUGUAGGCUUUAUAGCAAAUCGUGUCACGGCAAUACAGGCUGGUCUAGACAGCUGGCAAGCUGAGCAGAUAAACAGGAAACUGUAUUAUCUCUCAUUCCUUUCUAUAAUAUUCCUUCCUUUAUCCAUCAUUACUGGAGUGUUUGGCAUGAAUGUGGGGGGAGUUCCAUGGACGGGACAAAAAGACCCAACGUUGAAAAAUGGUUUCCGUAAUGUCAUGUUACUCUGUGUAGCUAUGCUACUUCUGGCUCUGCUCUGCUUCAGCUUUCCUUCUCUGUAUACCCGAAUAUCUACUUGGCACAGGACAAGAGCCAUGAAGAGAAGCUGGUCCCUCAACCGGAAAUCAUUCCUCAGGAGAACCCAUGGAAUUGGAGUUCAAGAAAGAAGGGGCUACCUUCGGAUUUGAGGAUAGCAGAACAUUCACAGUAUGCCCUUUUAUUUCUUCUUACUUGGUUCCCCGGCUUCGCAUUAUUUUUUGUUCAUUUGAAUAUUCAUAAUUCCAGAUCUUGUCCUCAUCAACCUUAAUUCUUUUUCUGUAAUCUUAUGUUGGUUUCUAAUUGGUUUAUACUUUCCUCCAUUUUUUGUCCUUGGAGGCCAGCUUGUAAAUUGUACAGUCUUGUAUCAUAUGUUAAAUACUGCUGCAGUAGUGGUUACUAUUUCUUAUUCCACUCCUUCUGUUGCUGAAUAAUGUAUACUGAAAAGUUAACAGCUACAUGAUCAUAACCAUAGACUCCUUUCAACAGUUGUGAGGA